AGGGAGUAUAGCACAAGCAUUAUGCCGUCACUAUUCCUCCAUUUCUUAUUCUGUCUUCUUUAAGCAAUAUGCACUGUGUAUCUUCAAUUUGGGUGAGAAAGUGUUUUAACCAAAAAAAGGUUUUGGGUGAAUUGCAUUUUGAGGUAGCAUGAAAUUAAUUGGCCACUUGUGUAGCAGAAUCCAACUGAGUUUGAAGAAAUCGUUGAACCAGGACCCAGAUUCGAGGCUUGAGAGCAUUGAAAAUUUUAGAGCUCCAGUUUCAAUGGAGACGCCGCCAUUUUUUCCGGAGUCCAGUAAUGCACCGGAGAUCGAGGAAUGCCAACAAUCUCCAGUUCCCGGUGAUUCAUCCUCCGACGGUUGUUCUUCUAGUUCAACUCAGAUGAAGAAAAUGGAAGCAAGCCAGAAACUAAGAGAUCUUCAAUGGGGAUAUCAAGUGAUCAAGUCUUCAAGUCUCGACCUGCAUAGUAUCUCCUUCUAUCUUUCUCAGCCAACAACAUGUUGUCAUCAAGAAACGGAAAACUCCAUUAACAUAAACAUAUCAAAGGGGAGUCUUUCGCAUUUCUCUGACCUCCUUGUGCUCUUGAAAACAUCAAAAAGUACUCAAGCUUCCUUGAGAGACUUGGAGUUCCACCAGGUUGAAUGGGAGUUGCAGCAAGUGAGAAACCUGGGAGUUUUGCUUGAAAGUAGCUCCACCAUUAAGCAAUUAGUGUUUAAGAGAAACAGGUUUACUGCAGAAUGCUUAUCUGAGCUGUCAGAAGUUCUAAAGAAGAAUGGAGUGAUCAAGGAGAUUAUGCUCUCGGAAUCAAAUAUUGGUCCAGUUGGAGCUUCUCUUCUUGCUUUAGCACUUAAGUUCAAUGGAAGCUUAGAAGAGUUGCAGAUAUGGGAAGACUCCAUUGGCUCAAAGGGUGCAGAGGAGCUGUCUAAAAUGAUAGAAGUUAACUCAACAUUGAAGCUACUCACCAUUUUCGAUUCCAAAUCUAUUACUGCCACACCUUUGAUUUCAGCAGUUCUUGCGAGGAACAGGUCAAUGGAAGUGCACAUUUGGAAUGGAGAGAACAAUGAGAAAACUUCAAAGGUGGUUGAAUUUGUACCUGAAAAUAGCACCCUUCGGAUAUAUCGCCUUGAUGUCUCAGGUGCUUGUAGAGUUGCUUGUGCUUUAGGGAUGAAUUCAACAGUGAAGACACUCGAUCUGACAGGAAUACGGUUGAAUUCCCGUUGGGCAAAGGAAUUCCGAUGGGUUUUGGAACAGAAUAGGACCCUCAAAGAGGUAAAUUUGUCUAACACUUGCUUGAAAGACAAAGGAGUUGUUUAUGUUGCAGCUGGCCUUUUCAAGAACCACAGCUUGCAGAAGCUGUAUCUUAAAGGAAAUUGGUUUGGAGGUGUUGGUGUAGAACAUUUACUUUGCCCUUUGAGCCGGUUUUCUGCGCUGCAAUAUCAAGCAAAUAUUACUCUCAAAUCACUUACUCUUGGAGGAAAAAGAAAUAAAAUUGGUAGGGAUGGGCUUGCAGCAAUCCUGCAGAUGUUGACUAGUAACGAAAGCCUUACCAGCUUUGGAAUAUAUAAUGAUGAGAGUUUAAAACCGGAUGACAUAGUCAGAAUCUUUAGGAGUUUGGAGAAGAAUGCUACAUUAAGAUGCAUAUCUUUACAAGGUUGUAAAGGAGUGGAUGGCGAAGCAGUCCUGCAAACUAUCAUGGAUAUUUUACAGGUAAAUCCUUGGAUUGAAGACGUUGAUCUUUCAAGAACUCCAUUGCACAAUGCAGGGAAAACAGAAGUGAUAUAUCAGAGAUUGGGUCAGAACAACAAGGCCGAACCAGAGAUUGAUUUGCUCAAAGACAUGCCAAUGACAGAGCCAAAGAGCUGUAGGGUCUUCCUCUGUGGGCAAGAAUAUGCUGGAAAAACUACACUAAGCAAUUCUAUACAUCAUCACUUUUCUUCUCCAAAGUUGCCCUAUAUUGAUCAAGUGAGAACUCUUGUUAACCCAAUUGAGCAAGCCGUUAGACCUAUAGGCAUGAAGAUAAAAACUCUUAAAGAUGAAGAUACAAAGAUCUCAAUUUGGAAUCUUGCAGGGCAGCAAGAAUUUUAUGCCCUCCAUGAUCUAAUGUUUCCAGGACAUGGAAGCGCCUCCAUUUUCCUGAUCAUCUCCAGUUUGUUCAGGAAACCAAAUAACCGGGAACAGAAAACCCCCAAUGAAGUUGAAGAAGAUCUGCAGUACUGGUUGAGGUUCAUUGUUUCCAAUUCAAGAAGAGCUCUUCAGCAGUGCAUGCUGCCAAAUGUGACUGUUGUGCUCACACACUAUGACAAAAUCAAUCAACCAUCACAGAACCUACAGCUUAUUGUAGACUCAAUCCAAAGGCUACGAGACAAAUUUCAAGGCUUUGUUGAAUUCUACCCAACUGUAUUUACAGUUGAUGCAAGAUCUUCUGCAUCAGUAAGUAAAGUUGCCCAUCACCUCCAAAAGACAAGCAAAACGGUUCUCCAAAGGGUUCCUAGAGUGUAUGAGCUUUGCAAUGAUCUCAUGCAAAUUCUGUCAGACUGGAGAUUGGAAAACCAUAAUAAGCCAGCAAUAAAGUGGAAGGAGUUUGGUGAUUUAUGCCAAGUCAAGGUUCCAUUGCUCAGGUUUCGUUCUAGGCUUGAUAAUAAAGAGAAGGUGGAAACGAGGAGAAAGGCUGUUUCUACAUGCCUUCAUCACAUUGGUGAGGUGAUCUAUUUUGAUGAACUUGGUUUCCUAAUCCUAGAUUGUGAAUGGUUUUGUGGUGAAGUACUUGGUCAGCUUUUGAGAUUAGAUGUCAAAAAGCAGACUUCAGCAGAUGGAUUCAUAAGUAGAAAAGAGCUGGAAAAAGUUCUUAGAAGUAGUCUUGAUAGCCAGAUUCCAGGGAUGGGCUCAAGAGUUUUCGAGAACUUGAAUGCAAGUGAUCUUGUGAAAAUGAUGCUGAAACUUGAAUUAUGCUAUGAACAAGAUCCUUCGGAUACCAAUUCUCUGAUGUUGAUACCCAGUUUUCUUGAAGAAGUUAAGGGGAAACAGCCAAAGUGGCAGAUAAACUCAAGUGAAUGCAUUUAUGCAGGAAGGCAUCUCCAGUGUGAUUACUCAAGCCACAUGUUUCUAACACCGGGAUUCUUCCCCCGCUUACAGGUACAUUUGCACAACAAAGUAAUGGGGUUGAAGAAUCAAUAUGGAGCAACAUGUAGCCUUGAAAAGUACGUCAUUUCAAUGAGCAUCAAUGGUAUCUAUGUCCGCAUAGAACUUGGGGGUCAAUUAGGCUAUUAUGUUGAUGUACUUGCCUGUUCCACAAAGCACUUGACAGAAACUCUAAGGUUAUUCCAGCAGCUUAUAAUACCAGCAAUCCAGAGCCUUUGCCAUGGGGUCACACUUACUGAAAACAUUAUUCGACCAGAAUGUGUAAGAAAUCUAAUACCACCAAGGUACAGGAGAAACCAGAUUCUGCCUCUCCAGCUAUUAAAGCAGGCAUUGCUCUCUGUGUCUGCAGACAAUAUGUAUGACUAUCAGCACACUUGGGAUUUGGUAGCAGACUCGGGAAGGACUAUCAUUGGAGCUGGUUUUGACUAUGCUCGGGAUCUCUUAUCCGAUGAUGAUUUUCGGGAAGUUCUCCAGCGCAGGUAUCAUGAUCUGCAUAACCUUGCUGGGGAGCUCCAAAUUCCUUUGGAUAACAGCCAGGAUGAACAGAAUCAUGGCUCUACUACCAGUGAAGAAACUGAAGGAAAAAUUGAACCAACAUUUGCUGGAAUAGCCAAGGGUGUUGAAGAAGUCUUGCAGAGACUUACAAUUAUACAGCAAGAACUUAGGGAUAUAAAGCAAGAAAUCCAAGGCCUCAGAUACUACGAAUACAGGCUUCUUAUCGAGCUAAACCGCAAAGUGAACUAUCUUGUGAACUACAAUGUCCAAGUUGAAGAAAGAAAAGUGCCAAACAUGUUCUACUUUGUAAGGACAGAGAACUACUCGAGGAGAUUGAUCACCACCAUGAUUUCAGGAAUCAAUGCUCUCCGGCUGCACAUGUUAUGUGAAUAUCGGGGAGAAAUGCAUGUGGUUGAAGAUCAGAUAGGUUGUGAAGUAAUGCAGGUUGAUAACAGGGCAGUAAAAUGCCUGGCUCCAUACAUGACGAAGUUCAUGAAAUUGGUGACAUUUGCUCUCAAGAUUGGAGCUCAUUUAGCAGCAGGGAUGGGGGAAAUGAUACCAGAUUUGAGUAGAGAAGUUGCACAUCUACUCGAAUCUCCCGCUGCAUAUAGUGCAGCAGGGGCUGCUACUGCUGGUGUUGUUGGGGUUGCAGCAGCAGGACGUGUGGAGAGAAAUAGGGGAUCAAGGGACAUCCAGCAAGAUCUUAAAGCAGCUCAACAAUGGGUUGUUGAUUUCUUGAGAGAUCAAAGGUGCUCUGGUGGAAGAGAUAUUGCUGAAAAGUUUGGAUUAUGGAGAAUUAGAUACCGAGACAGUGGCCAAAUUGCCUGGAUCUGUAGGAGGCAUAUACAGAUAAGAGCAAGUGAAAUAAUUGAAGUCCCACUUUGAGGUUUAGCUUUAGCCAUAGAGGUCAAAUAAGAGAAAACAGAUGUGAAGGUUGAGAGAUGAAGAAGCUGGAGAGUGUAUGUAGAUUUGCUGCUGUGGUAGUUCAACAUGUUGGCACAGGUUGGAUCAUUUAUUUUGUACGUUAAUUAUAGAUAUGCCAUGAUACUAUCUUGAUGGAAAUUCCAAUGUCAUGGUGUUCCAGCCUGACGAAUCUUUCCACCCUAUUCUAGCUGCCUGUAAAUACACUUAACGAGUUCAAAAAAGUUGGUCCUGCAGUAUAUCCCUCUUUGAUGUCGAUGCCAAUGUCACAUGCUUAAAUUGGCUUUGCCGAAUGGAAGUAGUUUGGUAAUUUUUAUAUAAAAUGGUUCCCUGACCUCUGUUGGGAGAAAUGUUCGUCCUUCACUUGUUCAAGUCGAUAAAUAUUCUACUAUGUAUUAUCAAGCUCACUAGUAUAUGUACCCGCGUGAUGCGCGGAUACUAUUAAUUAUUAUUUCUAAUCAUUUUAGAUUGUAAUGCUUUAUUCGAACAUGUUAACUCAUAUCACCUUAUCAAAGUUCAACUGUCGUAUUAUUCUUCAAUGAAAUGUAUUCCUCUCUCUCCCCC